AUGUCGCACCUCACACGCCUAGCAACGAGAAAGUUACCAGUGUUUAUGAGAAGUAUAGUCGGGUCUGAUGGACCGGUUUGCCGCACCCCCGCUGAACUGGCCGCCAAGGCAUGCGAUCGAUGCAAAGAGAAGAAACGUCGGUGCGACAAGGGUCUACCGAGCUGUUCACUAUGUUCGAGGCAAGCGGGCCCGAGAUCCAGUAAAAUCGUCCAACUUAGCUUGCUGAUUCCUACAUGUCUUAUUAGACUGGUCCAGGCAUGCAACUACUCUGAGCGCUCAGGAAUUCCGCAUGAAGACGAGAUAAGACGUCUUCGCUCCAGAGUUCAAGAUCUUGAGCAGAUUGUUGCAAAUUCCUCAUCUGAGUCAACUUUGUCUCCAGAGGAAAAUUUUAGUCAGAUUGCUCUGGAUAGCCAGCAGUCUCCUGACUUCUAUAUGCAAGCGACUUUCUUGGAUCACGAGAUCGCGCAACAUUUAAAAUAUUCGGCGACCACUCUGGACUUUGCUAUCCCUGAGUACAUUUCAAAAUUCCUGGGCGAUCAAGAUCAAAUGGAUGAGCUUGUCUCAACCUAUCUUGGAAGCAUUCAUAAGUGGAUGCCGAUUAUUAGCAGAUUGAAGCUGACUCGAAUGAGAUCCGCUCAACCACAGCUAGCAGAUCAAGCAUUGCUGCUACUCUGCAUGGAGCUGCUGUGCCAUACUCCGACCUCGGCAAGAGCAGAUACAUCACCAAUUUAUGUUGCUGCAAAGCAUUUUCUAUCCAAUCUACAAACCGCAGGAUUCUUAUCUCUGAGGACACUGCAAGCCGGCCUUCUCAUUUCUGUCUACGAGAUUGGCCAUGCAAUUUAUCCUGCCGCAUACGUGUCCGUUGGGACCUGUGCUCGCCAGGGUGUUGCGCUCGGGGCUCACCGUCAUUCCUCCUCGCAAACGGCUCAGAACCCCCUUACAUGGAUUGAUUGGGAGGAGAAGCAGAGAGUUUGGUGGCUUGUUUUGAUACUUGACAGGUUCGUUACUCUCGGACUAGAUGAGCGGCCCUUAUGCACACAGGAACCAAGCGCAAUGUCAUAUAUUCCUGCGGAUGAUACAGCUUGGGACAAUGGGGAUAUAAGACCUCCAGAGCGGGUGCUCGCCUCAACGCCACCUGAUGUCAAACUCAGCCGGUUCGCAAGACUGGCACAAUCAGCCAAUCUGCUUGGGCGUGUAAUACGACACUGCGACGAUGGAAACCACGAUGUUCAAUUCGCAGCGACCGAUUUCAACCUAAUUUGCGGAGCCAUCCAGUCACUCCUGGAGCUCAUCUUGUCCGAAUCUAUAGGCGUGGACCUGGACUAUACUUCUCUUGGACUCUGCUUCAGUGCUUUGACGAAGAUUGCCAGCCAUCAUUCAUGCGACUCAUUCUCCCAACAUCCUGCUGAGUGGAGCCCAGAGUCGGCUAGUCUCAUCCGUGGAACCACUCAACAUGCCCUUCAAACAUUAAAGGACACUACCGCUCGCCUUAUUGAAUUCGCUUCGGCUCUCGAGGAAGCUGCAAACAUAAAUAUGGAAUCUAUUUCCCCCCUUGUUCUGCAUUGUCUAUAUUACUGCGCGAUCACAUCUGCAUGGCUGGCUAGCGAGUCCGCCGAUGAACUAUACAUCAAGGGAUUGUUAAGUUGUAAAAGAAUUCUCGAAGCGAUGGAUAAUAGAUGGAAGCUUGCAGGAGCAUAUCUGAAGCUUAUCCAGAUGGUGGAAAACGACUUGAUGAGUGGUAGCAUGAGCUAA